UACUUGCAACUGCUUUGCGCUGUCUUCCAAGCGGAAGUCGGCUGCGGCGGCCUCGGCGCCCCCCCAAAAACCGCCGACGAUGGGCUGGGAGCUGUCGACAUGGCUGGCGCUCGCCCGCGCGUUCCAGCUGCUGGGCUCGCUGGCCGCGACCGUCAUGCACGGCUACCUGACUAUCCACGUCUACGUCAACAGAGACGGUCUCUCGGCGCACAUGGUGGUCCUUGAGUUGCUGGCCUGCCUCCUGCUCGGCUACUCGACGCUAGCCAUCGCGCUCCAGCACACCGGCCAGCGGUCCAGCAAGACCCCCUGGCUCACCGGCUUCGCCGUCUGCGACGUGUUGGUGUGCGCUGUGCUGCUCGGCAUCAUCUCGACACUUGCCCAUGCUGGCCUUCCCGUCCACUGCGGCGGCAUGACGCGGUCGAACUACCUACCGGGUGACAGACCCAAUUUCCCCUCCUAUGGCUACACCACGAUCCGGUUCAGUGAUGAGAGCCCCGGCCAGCGCGGUGAGCUCGACUACCUCUGCGGCUUGGACCGCUCAUACUAUGUCAUCGCGAACACCCUGAUCUUCACCUACAUCUUCACCAUCACCGUGACUGUGCUUCGGGCACUGGAGAAGCGCUACACUAAGACCACUCGGGUCAACGAGCUGCUCGAAUCGCUCGAGCGAGCUGAGGAGAUCAGCCUCAAAGUCAUGGAAUCCCCGUCCCGGGCUCUCGACGAGCCCCCCAGGCCGAACCUCCCACCACCGGAAGCCCCCAGCGAGGGCAUCCUCACGCGCAACCCCUCCCUCCGCAGCAACUUGACCGCCGCAACCGUCUCGGCAUCCUCGCAUGCCGGACCCCACGCCGCCACCUCCAUCCCCCGCCGCCCGGUCCCGCCUCCGCAAUCGCGCCGACCACGACCCUCCAUCCCCCCAUCCCCCGCCUCGCCGCCCGUACCCGAGAUACCCUUCGUUCCCGUGCCCUUAGACGACGAAGACCCAGCAGAAGCCGCGCUAGUUGCAGACGGCAUGCAGCACCAGCGUCCGCACCAGCAUCAACCCCCCUAUUACCAGCACCACCACCACCACUCCUCCUCCUCGUCGCAUUCCCCCCCGCGGAUGCUGCUGCCCAUCCUAUCCGAAGAGGUGCACCGGCAGUCCGACGCCGACGCGGACGCCGAAGCGGACGCCAACGCGGCGCUCGUCUCGGAUGGCAUGCGUCCGUCCGAGCCCACUCUGCCGCCCUACCGGCCCGGCAACCGCCGCAUGUCCGGCCACGCGGCCGAGAGCAACGAGAUGCGGCUGAGCGAGUACAUCAAGGGGCAGACGAGGGCGCAGGCGCUGAAGGAUUCGGGGAGGUAUUAGACGAGGGUCGGUUGGUCUUUUUCUUUCUCAGUCUCUGGUGCGAGCGAGGUUGGGUUGUGGGUGGGCAGAAAGGGCAGGAAUAAGGGGAAUGUUUUUGGGUAUUUCCUUUUUCUUUUCCCCUCUUACACCGUCUACUUUUCCUUCAUCCCUUCUUGUUUAUUGUUAUCUGCGAGGCGGGGUCACGAUGAUAUACGAUACCAUUUUUUCUGGCGUUUGGGAAGGAGGAAAAUGGGAAGGAGGCCAAGGUGGUUAUGGACGGGUUUGAAUGAGAUAUCCCACCGUGGACUGUGAUUUCAGUUUAUAUCGGCUGGUCAGAAUCGCUAGCCAUGUCGUGGUGGCAUGGGAAAUUUUUUUGUCAUGGUUGCUGUAGUGUCUAUUCCUUAAUUCAACACUUGGACCACAUC